AUGACCGGGCCGCCGUCCUCUUCCUACCCCGGCCAGGUCCCGCCGCCAGCCGCCGUGGUUUCGCCGGAAAACGAAGAGAAAAGCUCCGGUUUUGACAGAAAAUUCGCCGGCUUCGUUCUCCGUCGUCCGGCCGCCAUUUUUGGCGAUCAAGUUAGGGUUCGGCCGGAUUUCGAGGGGAGAUUCCGGCCACUUCCGGUCAGAUUUUGGGGUACGUCCAAGAACAAAAGUGACUCCAAAUUAGGUGUUUUACCUAGGGUAGGAGUCUUGAGCCGUGAUUUGUGGUUUUUCUGGCGAUGCGAUAUCGCUUUGGACACCCACGCGCUGCCGGCGCGUGGGCACUGUAGCUGA